UGGCGACGGGUAGAAGUUGCUGGGUGGCAGCUGCCGCAUCGCAGAGGGAAGCAGGACACAAGGAAGGACAUUUGUGAGGAGGUGCAGGCCCGGACGGCGCAGGUUCUAGGAGACAGGAAGACGAUGGACCCACCCUACCAGGCUGGGUCUAUUCUCAUGCAGGUGAAUACCUUACAAGGGAAGAAGAUGGUGGAGAGCGGCCUUCAGUCUGGGGACUUCUCCCUCCGCACGUGGCCCUCCUGCCUCCUGCCGCCAGCUGACUUGGAGAUCCUGCAGCAGAAGGUGGUGGCGGUGCAGCGGGAGCUGGAGGACUUCAAGAACGAGGCCUUGAAGGCCAUCCAUUACCUGGAAGACGCCUUCUGUGAGAUGAACGGGGCCCUGGCGCAGCAGGAGGAGCAGGCGGCCCGCGUGCGGCAGCGGCUGAGGGAGGAGGAGGACCGGGGCAUCGUGCGGAAUAAGGUCCUCACCUUCCUGCUGCCGCGGGAGAAGCAGCUCCGGGAGCACUGCAGGCGGCUGGAGGUCAUACUGCUGGGCGGGAGCCGAGAGGCGCUGGGCCUCCCCAAGAAGAUCCAGGCCAACUGA